GUCCUUUUUUUUUUUCUUUUAAUGUAUUUACGUGAAUUUCAAUAUAAUCCACACAGUCCACCGUGGCAGAAACUUUUGUGGGUAAAACAAAAUUACCCAGACAACUAUGUGGAUGACACAUUUUUGGAUGAGCUACAACGAAAUGUUAAUGUCAUAACCUACGAUUACUGGGCUACGGUAUAUGAAUCAGGCGUCAUUACUCAACAAAUAAGCAGCGUUAUUAUUUUUAUUGCACUAUUCAUUUAUUUGCAGUCCAACGUAAUGUCUGGACACUACUUGAUCUGGGCUGGAUCUCUAUCAACAGGAGCCGGGUAUAUUUUUUGGGAUCUGAUCAUGUUAAAGACAAGAAAUGACUAUGAAUUUAAACGUCAGCGCGUGGUUAAAAGUGCUUUCUUCUUCUUUAUUACACUAUUGGGCCUAUCACCUAUCCUAAAGACAUUGACAGAAAAGAUCAGUGACGAUACCAUCUGGGCAUUGACUGUCAUCUGCUUUCUUAUUCACGUUCUUUUUCAUGAUUAUAGUACACAAACGAAUGCGAUAAAGAUACCAGGAUCAAUGUCAACUAAUGCGGCCAUAUUUGCCUCAGUAUUACUUGCUUCAAGAUUAGAGACGAAUACAGAUGUCUUUGGUUUGCUAUCCUUUGCUGUCGAAUGGUUUUCAUUGUUUCCUAUCUUUAAAAGACAUUUAAGAAGCCUGAGUACCAAGGUUCAAGUGAUGCUGACAUUGACCAUGCUCCUCGUCUGCGUCGUCUUGUUCUUUCCUAUAUCAAAGGCAGUUGCCUUCAUCUAUAUCCUAGGGUUCAUAUUCCUAACCUUUAUCUGUCCAUAUUGGCUUAUAUUCAUUCAGAAAUAUAAAAAUGAAAUUCAUGGGCCUUGGGAUGAAGCUAGACCAAAGUUACAGAGACCUAAACGUAAUCUGUAUAGAAAAAAGAAUAUCAAAACAGGAUCAUGAUGUAAAUAAUAAAAGUAGGAUCUUGUUAGAUGAAUCAUGUUAAUAAUGAGGAUUCAAUACCCACCCGAUCCAUACAUAUCCUUUAUCAACAAAUAGAGUUAUUUCAAAUAAAAUAAAAUACAUAAUUCAAAUGGGUAAUUUAAUCUAAUGUCUUUUGAUUCGGGACCCUGUUGGGUUACCGCAACAGAUUGUAAAGGAAAGC